UCUGGAGCACAUUUCGCGGGUUGGAGUUUGGGGUGAGUUUUGAAUUUCUCCGAUGGCCACUCCCGUUUUCCGGUGGUCUGUUGUCUUCUUCUUCUUCCCUGUUCUUCUUUUUCUGGUGGUCUCCUCCGCUGCCGCAGCUUCAUCUUGGACUGUGAAGUAUCUGCCUGGAUUCCCAGGUCCUCUGCCAUUUGAGCUCGAAACUGGAUAUGUGGGAGUGGGCGAUUCGGAGGAAGUUCAGCAGUUUUAUUACUUUGUCAAGUCCCAAGGAAACCCCAAAACUGAUCCUCUGAUGACUUGGUUUACCGGCGGCCCUGGUUGCUCUGCUCUCUGUGGGCUUGCCUUUGAAGUUGGUCCUAUAAAUUUCAAGGUAGAGCCAUACAAUGGAAGCCUACCUCAACUAAUCUUGAAUCCUUUUACAUGGACCAAGAAAGCUAGUAUUCUCUUUAUAGAUUCGCCUGUGGGCACUGGAUUUUCGUAUAGUCGAACUCCACAAGGUUCUAAGAAAGGAGAUCUUGGACAAGUUCAACGAAAUCAUCAAUUUUUGAGAAAGUGGCUGCUAGAUCAUCCCCAAUUUUUAUCUAAUCCAUUUUAUGUUGGUGGAGACUCAUAUACUGGUAUUGUUGUUCCACCUCUUACGCUAGCAAUCUCGGAAGGAAAUAAAGAUGCUGUCCCAGUUAUAAACCUUCAGGGUUACAUAUUGGGAAAUCCAGUCACUGUACAAAAAACAAAUGAUAAUUCCAGGGUUCCAUAUGCUCAUAGAAUGAACCUCAUCCCCACUCAACUAUACGAGCUAUUGAGAAGCAAUUGCAAAGGAGAAUAUGAGAACAUUGAGGCAGAUAACAUAGAGUGCAUGAAACAUGUAGCAGCCUACAAAAAGUGUGUGAGCAGAAUCAAUCAAUGGUGUAUUACGUGCCCUUUUUGUGAGGAUGUUUCCUCAGCGCCAAAUGAUGAUAAAUUUGGACGGCGGAGAUCUCUCUUCAACUCCUCUGAAGAACAACUGCUGCUUGCUCCAAGAGUGUUGCCUCCGCCUCUUCUCUACUGUCAAGAGUAUAAAUACUUCCUUAGUUAUUACUGGGCUAACGAUUAUCGAGUCAGAAAAGCACUUCAUGUACGCGAGGGAACUAAAGGAGAAUGGACAAGAUGUCAGAGUCGUAAAGAUUAUCAAUACGAAAUUAAGAGCUCGGUUCCUUACCAUGCAAAACUCAGUUCGAAAGGAUAUCGAUCUUUGAUUUUUAGUGGAGAUCAUGAUCUGAUGGUGCCGGUUAUAAAUACAGCAGAGUGGAUCGAAUCUCUCAAUUAUCCUGUUGUUGAUAAUUGGAGAACUUGGCUUGGGAUGGAUGAUCAAAUAUUGGGGUAAUUUUUGUAUAUAUUAUUUGU